UUCACAACUGCCCAACUCUGCUUGCUCUGCCCUUCUGCCUUGUAGAUCCAGCCAUGGGAGCAAGAACUGGUACAUAACUAGGAGCCACCAGCCCAUAAACGUCACCGUGCUGUUUUUGCUCGCCGGAGCGUGGAUGGAUUUGCUUUAAAUGGCUGCCUAGGAAAGGAGAUUCCCCAGCACAAAGUGUCACCAGGAUUCCUACAGGUCUUGCUUCUUUUGACUGCCCCCCCUUUAUUACCCACCCCAACAGGGUGGGGGGUUUCUCUAGAAGGGGGGUGCCGGUGAGGCGUGGAGGCACUGGCCAAGAUGAACAACCAUUCCUUCGAGGAGGCUUCCCUGGACAGCCUGGACCUGUCGCUGACACUCCAUGAAUCCAGUGAAAUUGACACGGCACUCCUGAGCGACAUCGAUGACAUGCUCCAGCUGAUUACCACCGAAGAGAGCGACUUCACCAGCCUCUUCGAUACGCCGUAUGGGACAAAUGCCACCCUAGAUCCCAACCCGCACGGCCCCAGCUUGUUCAGUGGCUACAUGGGGACCAGCAACCCGCCAUCCACCGGCUCGUUCCUGCUUCCAGCACCGCCUCCGCCGAGUUUCCAGCCCCUGCAAGCGGCCAGCCCAGCCCCGCAGCCCACUCCGAUGGACAUCAAGGAAGAAGAGCCCGUGGCGUCCCCGGCCACCCAGCCUCAAGCCCCGCUGUUGCCAGCCAGAAUGACGACUCCGAGUUUCGUUCCGACAUCCCAGACCCAAUUCUCAGCACAGCCGUUGGUGGGCUUCUCGAAGCAGAGCAGCGUUUCUGCUCCCCAACUGCCGCCACAUCCUCAGACCCCGCCAGCCCUCCCUGCCGCAUCCCAGCAGGCUCAGCCGGUGGUGAUGCAAACUCCACUCCAGCCCAUCGCCCCUCAGCAGCUCCUGGCCCCCAGCGCCCCCCACAUCAUCCAGCCACAGAUCCAGCAAGUGCCGGUCCUUCUCCAGCCUCACUUCAUCAAGGCUGACUCCCUGCUUCUGGCGACCGUCUCUGGAGCCAAGACUUCUGGCAUCACCUCUCUGGCCACCACCACGGCCGUCCAGUCCACGCCGCUGCAGAUGCCGACGUUGGUGAGCGGGGGCGCCAUCUUGGCGACGGUGCCGCUGAUGGUGGAUACGGACAAGCUGCCCAUCAACCGCCUGACUGCCGGCAAGCCGCUGGUGAGCCAAAACAAAGGCGAGAAGCGCACGGCCCACAAUGCCAUUGAGAAGCGGUACCGCUCCUCCAUCAACGACAAGAUCUCCGAGCUCAAGGUCUUGGUGGUGGGAACGGAAGCGAAGCUGAACAAGUCGGCCAUUUUGCGGAAAGCCAUUGACUACAUCCGUUUCCUGAAACAGUCCAACCAGAAACUGAAGGCUGAGAAUCUGGCCCUCAAAGUGGCUUCCCAGAAGAACAAGUCCCUGAAAGACCUGGUGGCCACAGGUGGCGGGACCACGGAGGACUCUGCGGAAGGGAUCAAGCUGAUGGACGCCCUGACGCCGCCCCCAUCGGACGCAGGCUCCCCCUCACACAGCAGCCCGCUCUCUCUGAGCGGCACCAGCGGAAGCGAUUCGGAGCCCGACAGCCCCUUCUGCGAGGAGGCCAAGGUGAAGCAAGAGCGCCAGGCACUUUCCCCAAGAAGUCUGGGGAUGUUGGACCGAUCCCGCCUGGCGCUGUGUGCGUUCGUCUGCCUCUGCCUCUCUUUCAACCCCCUCUCAUCCCUGUUGAGAGGGUCUGGCUCCAUGAGCCCCUCAGAUAUCACGGGCUCCGGUGGCUCUGGGCGCAGCAUCUUGGCCCAGAACGAGGCCAGCGAUGCUCCUGUUUCUUGGUCCCAGUGGCUUUUCCCCACCAUGGUCUUCUGGAUGAUCAACAUGCUGGUGGUCCUGGGUGCUUUUAUCCGGCUCUUCAUUUAUGGGGAACCCAUUACGCGGCCGUACUCGGAGUCUUCUGUUCUUUUCUGGAGGCACCGCAAGCAGGCUGACUUAGACUUGGCACGGGGGGAUUUUGCUCAGGCCUCCCAGAACUUGUGGACGGCGCUCAAAGCCCUGGGCCGUCCGCUCCCGACCUCCAACCUCGACUUGACCUGCAGCCUGUUGUGGAACCUGAUCCGACACGUGCUCCAGCGGCUCUGGGUGGGGCGCUGGCUGGCCGGCCGGGCUGGUGGCUUCUUCCGUGACCGGGAGCUCAAGGCCGACGUGCGCAAGAGCGCCUGCGACGCGGCGUUGGUAUACCACAGGCUGCACCAGCUUCACAUGACAGGGAAACACGUGGCAGGUCACCUAUCGGCUAUCAACAUGGCUCUGAGCGCCGUCAACUUGGCCGAGUGUGCGGGGGACACCAUCUCUGUGGGGACGUUGGCCGAAGUCUAUGUGGCGGCCGCGCUGCGGGUGAAGACCAGCCUUCACCGCUGCUGCCACUUCCUGGCGCGGUUCUUCCUGAGCAGCGCCCGGCAGGUGCUGCUGUCCCACAACGGGACCGUCCCGCCAGCCCUCCAGUGGCUGUGUCACCCUGUGGGCCACCGUUUCUUCGUCGAUGGCGACUGGGCCGUGAAGAGCUCCCCACGGGAGAGCAUCUACAGCACCACCAGCAACCCAGCGGACCCCCUGGCUCAAGUGACACAGCUUUUCCGAGAACAUUUGCUGGAGAAGGCCCUAUCUUGCGUGUCCAGGCUGGAAAGCCAAACGCCCGUCAGCCACAGCGAGGGGGAGUUUUCCAAUGCUCUCGAGUACCUGCACUUCCUCAACAGCUGCGCGGAUGCUGUUCCCAGCCCAACUCCUUCCAUCAGUACCAACAUGGAUGCUGCCACAGGCACCGACCCCGUUGCUCACUGGUGGGCAUCCGUGGUCGCCAUGGCGAUCCACGGGCUGCAAGGGGAUGACGAGGCGAUGGAGCGCCUGUACCCGCUGGUGGAGUCCCUGCCGAGAGGCCUCCAGGCGUCUGAGAACCCUCUUCCCCGGGCGGCGUUUCAUACCUUCAAGGCCGCCCGGAUGUCGCUGGGCAAGCUGGACUGCAGCCUGGGCCAGUGUGACAAAGCUGGCGAGUACUUGCGCGAGAGCUUGGGGGGGAACAGCCCCCCGAGUGCCCUUGACAGAGCUGUGCAGUUCCUCUUGUGCGACCUGCUCCUCAUCACCCGCACCAGGCUGUGGCAGCAGCAGAUGCAGGCGACUCAGCCCCCGGGGGGGCCCUACCAAGCUUCCGCCGUCGAGCUGUGCGGCUUCCAGCAGGACCUCAGCAGUCUGCGGCGUCUGGCACAAGCGGACAAGCCCGCCAUGCACAGGGUCUUCCUCCAUGAGGCGACGGCCCGGCUGAUGGCCCGAGCCAGCCCCACGCGGACCCACCAGCUGUUGGACCGGAGCCUGCGCAAGCGUGGAGCUUCGAGCAGCAAAGGAGCCAGCGAACCGGAGAGCCGCCCCACGGCGCGGGAGCAGGCCGAGGCCCUGUUGCUGGCCUGUUCCUACCUGCCCCCGGCGUUCCUCUUGGGGCCAGGCCAGCGGGUGGGCAUGCUGGCCGAGGCGGCCCGCUCCCUGGAGAAGCUGGGCGACAAACGGACGCUCUACGAGUGCCAGCAGAUGAUCAUCCGGCUCAGCAGCGGCUCCACCGUCACCUCCAGCUAGAGAGGCGGCACGAGGACGUGUGGGUGGGAGGCAGUGGGGGGCGCUGGGAGCACUCCCUCCCAUCAUUGCUGGAGGCGAGACCACAGACGCUGAAGAGCUCAGCCUGCGGGACAGCGGCCUCCCCUUCUCUCUAGGGAAGCGACCGGGCUGCUCUCUUCGCUCCCGCUCUCACGUCUCUGGGAAGACCCCCCGCUGCACCCUCGCCAUUGUGUGUGUGUCGAGCAGGCCUAAGUGACUCGUGUGGGAGAGCGUGAAGAAGCGGUGGCGUUGGCCUCAGGAAGCGGAGAGGUUGUGGGAGGGGGGCAGGAUGGCCGGGGGGCUCGCUUGCUCCUGCUGUUAAACAGGGUGUGUGUGUGUGUGCGUGUCACGAGCUGGCUGUGCAUCUUAAAACAGGCGUCCCUUGGAUUUUAGUCACAUAGGGUCAGGUGCCCCUGGCCGGCAGGGUGGCACCAUCCCCUGCCUUGCUUCACCACCCCACCCUUGUGCCUCUCAACACCGGCCCGAUGACUUAGCAGGAGCCCUGCUUCCCGUGGCUCAGCCGCUGUUCCUGCCGCCCACGCAAUUCGCGUGGCCCGCCUGGAACCUCCUUGCCUCUCCUGCCUGCCGGCAACCCAUAAUAAGGCCCGGGGGACCCCUGGUGGAAGAUUCCCGGCAAUGCAGGAUGCCCACGCAUCUCUCUUUGCCAGAUGUGAAAGCAUUUCGAGCCGUUCGGUGCAGGUGCAGCUCUGCUUUGCCGGAGCCGGUUGGCCAAGAGGUGGUUCUUCCAUGGCUCCCUUAGCACGAUUUGGCGAAGUUGUGGGGUGGUGUCUGUUGGGGCUUGUAGAUUUCUUUAAGCUCCCGCUACCUCCCCCUUCCCACCCCCCACAAUUUGACCCUUGGGACAAAGGCCGGCUCCAUGGUGAUAUUGCCGUACAAACACAGCCGUCCCGGUGGCUGGAGCUGUUGUCUGCCUGCCUGCCUGCCUGCCAGCCCAACAGGCGAAGCGUUCUUCCCGUGGCUUUGAGAUGUCUUGAUGAUGUGUUCGGAGGCGUGGCGCCGAGAGGCAGGGAGGAAAGGGGAGCUUCUUCCCCUGUUGGGUUUCUGCCCAUCAUCAUCAUAAUAAUAAGGCACAGCAGCGCCGCCUGAAAAAGGGGUGGCAACGCCAUUUGAGAAAAAGCACACGGUGACGCGUGUGUGUUGUUUUGUUGGAUGAAUGUACUGUAAGUGCAAUGGAGGAGGGGGAGCAUAUUGAUUCUGGCCUCGUUUUCUCUUCCUACCCCAAACCCUGCCAUGGCUCCAUCACGCGGUGUUGAGGAUGCUGCUGUGAUGGAGAACCCAUCUCCUUGUCCUCCUCCUCCUCCUCCUCCUCACGCUUGGGAUGGGAGAGGCAGAAUGGUGAAAACUAGAGUUGUACCCCCUGCAUGUGCGUGGGCGCACACACACACGCGUACACACACGCGUACACUGCAACCCGUUCCUCUCCAACCUGUAACGCUCAGCCACGGUUCUUCCCUUUAAAGGUUAUUUUCAUAGUGUGAGUUCUUUUUGUACAGAUGAAAGAAUAAAAGCCUACUUAUUUAUA